AUGUUGCUUAUUAUAUUGAUUUAUAAUGCUCUAAAAUUUGAAAAUAGUUAAAAAUUAAGAAUAACUUAGUCAGCAAUAAAUAUUAUCUUUACACUUUAUGUUCUUUAAUAUGAUGUUUUUACUGACUUAAUUGCUUAGAGCUAUAAUGGUGGGAAUUAAGUGACAGCAAAUAUAUUAAAUAGUAUAAUGGGGGAAUUUCCUGAAGCUGCUAUUGGAACAAUCAUAACUUUGGGAAUGAGACUUUAUUUUUUCUUACGUUCUGGAGAUUUAGAGAAUAUAAAUGUUAUGCUUAUAACUGCUGCACUUCAUUUAGUAUGGAUAUAUUACUUAUAUAAUUUUAAUAAAGCCAAACGAUCUUAGUUUAUUUUGACUUUAGUUGAUAAUAAAUGGGAAAAAAUAUUUCAAUAAAUAUUAAAUAAUAAUAAGAAAUUUGUAUUAUUACAUUAUGAUGAUGAAGAGUUUAAAAUAAAAAAAGUCAUAUAAACUAUUCUACCUUAAAACACUUCAUUUGAUACUUUUUAUGAAUAUAUUCGCUAAGCAAAAUGCAAUAAUCAACCAAUUCAGAAUUUCUUUUUUUAAUAAAUUAAUUAACAUAAAAAAAAUUAAUAAGAUGUUAUUAAUUAAUAAAUUCUUGUCAAGUAUGAAAAGAAAUUAAUUUAAUUUAAUUUUUCGCUAUUUUUUGGAGAUAAACCAAUCAUUCUUCUAGUCAAUGAAGAUUAAACUAAAUCUAAUAAUGAUAUCCUAUCUCAAUCAACCAUUAUUCUUAAAAUACUUAAACAUUUAGUUAACAUUAUAGAUUUAGAUAAGUAGUAUAACAAAAGAAAAUUCUUUUAGUUAUCUUAAUUUAUCCAAAUCAAAUAUUUAAUAGGAAAAAUUAAUUCACAAAAGAAAUAAAUACAAUAAAUUAAUCUGAACAAUUACAUAAAGAAAAUAGCAUAUUAAUAUAAACGCUAUUUAACUAUUUAAACAUAUGGCUUAGAAUGUGAUGUUAAGAUUUUAAUAGAUGUUCUUCAUCUAUUCUUACUUAUUAUAUUUGGUAAUACAAGUAAAAAGUAUAUCUAAGUCGACAUAUACAGAGAUUUUGAUUAUAAAGUCCAUAUAGUAUUCGAAGGAUUCUUUAGAUAAGAUAACAUUAAUAUCCUUUAUCAAAAAUUCGAAUUUUACUUUGCUCUUAUAAUUAGAAGGUGUUCUAUACAAGAAAACUGUAAUAAAUUCAUUUAUUUCUAGAUAUUAAAAUUGAAUUAAAUGAAGAAAUUUUAUGCCCUUUUAUUAAUAAUUAAAUUAAGAUUUUUUGA